AACUACAUCUUUUUUUUCAGUAACCGGCAUGUAAAUACAACUUUGCCGUGCUUUGCAUAGACUAACGCUAUCUUUGAUUUAAUGCUUAAAACGGAUCCUUUAGAUGUGUUCGACCAUUUUAACUCGCUAUUAUAAGCUGAAACCUUGUUUUCCGAGGUGGUUGGAGCACUGACAUGAAAGCGUGACUGAAUUUGGCUGCUGAGACGAUGCUGUCCUCCGGUUCAGAGCUGCGGCUCUUGCGCCUUUUGUUUUGUGCCACUCUUAUUUUGCUUUUUCAGGCCGACGAGGCUAAGAAGGACUCGAAAAGCGCCUGUAACACCUGCGAGCAAAUCGUUGAUAACUUCAACAAGGCCUUUGACAGAACAGCAAAGCAGAAUUUUGGAGGAGGGAACACAGCCUGGGAGGAGAGGAAACUGUCCAAGUAUGAGACAAGCGAGAUUCGUCUGAUGGAGAUCGUGGAGGAUCUGUGUGAGAGCAGCAGCUUUGAAUGCAACCGUAUGGUGGAAGAACAUGAGGAGCACUUUGAAACCUGGUGGUUUAAAAAGAAAACGAAACAUCCUGAUCUGCAUAAGUGGUUCUGCAUAGACACCAUUAAAGUGUGCUGUCCAAAGGGGACAUUUGGACCUGACUGUAACGCUUGUGUCGGGGGUUCGGAGACGCCGUGUCAUGGAAACGGACAGUGUGACGGUGACGGGACGCGUGGAGGGAACGGGAAGUGCAGAUGUGACCAAGCUUAUAAAGGCGACUUCUGCCUGGACUGCAUUGACGGUUACUUCAAUGAAGUGAGGAACGACACAUACUCUCUGUGCACAGAGUGUCAUUUGUCGUGUAAAACCUGCACGGGAGCGACCAAUCAGGAAUGUGAUGAGUGCAAAGAGGGCUGGGAGGAAGAUGAGCAAGAAGCUUGUGUUGAUGUGAACGAAUGCACCAACGAUCCUUCGCUGUGCAGAGAGGGUCAGUACUGCCUCAACACUGAAGGCUCCUACUCCUGCAAGGCCUGUGACAUUGAGUGUGCCGGCUGUUCUGGACCCGGUUCUGAUCAGUGCCAGGCUUGUGCCAGUGGAUACCAAGAUGUCAAGGGAACCUGCACAGACAUUGAUGAGUGUUCUGGGUCUGAGCCAGUGUGCACAAAGGAGCACCAGGAGUGCAUCAACAACAAAGGCAGCUACCUGUGUGUCUGCUCCAGUGGCUACGAGGAGCGAGACAGAGAGUGUGUCCAAACUCAACAGCAGGGUGAGGACGGCCACUCAGACGCCUCGGAGGAGUCGGAAGCAUCUCAGACCAUCUCCGGUCCACACGGCGAGCUCUGAUGCCAAAACGAGGACCACGAAUCAUGUGCUGGAGCUUAAUUUUUUACAUUUUUACCACAUGCACUGAAGAUAUCAGCUGUUGUCUAACUUCAUCAAACCAAUGGUUUUUCAUUGGUUGAUUAAAAGGCAGAAAAUGGGACAUUUAAUGCUCAUUAUGGACCACUUUGUCAAACUGUUUGAAAAUCAAAUUUGUUUCAGUGUUUCAAUAAAGGUGAAGUAGGGUAACUUC